AUGGCUCACUCGGUACCACAUCCCUUGUCUCCUCUCACGGGAGAGGAGACAAACCGGGCAAGUGACCUUAUAUUGCAAUCGUCGCCAAAAGAGGUUAUUCAGUUCCGCAUGAUCUACCGCCAGGAGCCGAAAAAGGCCGACCUCACCGCGUUCCUGAGCCUCGAGCACUCGGGGGUCCUUUGCGGCCCCGACUCUCCCGCGGCCGCCGCGUCUCGCAGCAGUGCACUACGUCCGGGCUCACCAGGCGGCGGACCGAAAGGCGGACGAGAUCGAAGCGGUCGUCGACCUGGAUCGCGGCCUCGUCGUCAAGAAAGACGUCGUGGGAACAGAGUAUCUGGCCGGACUCAGCACUUCGACAUUCUCGUCGAAAAAUGCAAGGAGUCUAGCGUGCUCAGCGAAAGAGUGGCGCAGUUUGCGCUUCCAGAAGGCUUCGAAGUCGUCAUCGAGCCGUGGCCGUACGGAGGCAUGGACCAGCCGGGCGGCGUGCGCAGGUACUUCCAGGGUCUCGUGUAUGCCGUCGACACGCGGUCCGGAAAUCCCGACUCUAACUUUUACGCAUUCCCUCUGCCCAUCAUCCCGGUCAUGGACUUUGAGAAGCGCGAAAUUGUCCGCAUUGACGAGCUCGCGACAGGCGGGGCCGGCGACGAUCUUGUGCCCGCAGCUCCGCGGACGGGCGCCAUCCUCGACCACUGCGCUCCGGCUGAGUAUGUCCCCGAGCUGUUGCCCGGGGGGACUCGCAGGGACCUCAAACCGCUCAGCGUCGUUCAGCCCGAGGGCCCGAGUUUCUCGAUCAAGGAUGAGAGUCUUGUUGAGUGGCAGAAGUGGCGGUUCAGGGUCAGCUUCAACCCUCGCGAGGGUGCCGUCAUUCACGAUGUCUACUACGAUGAUCGGAGCGUGUUGUAUCGCCUCUCGAUCAGUGAAAUGACCGUGCCAUAUGCCGAUCCUCGGCCGCCGUUUCACCGGAAGCAGGCUUUUGACUUUGGUGACGGCGGCAUCGGGCAUGCCGUCAACAAUCUGACUUUGGGUUGCGACUGCCUGGGAGUCAUCAAGUACUUUGACGGUGUGUUGUGUACCCCCGAGGGAAAAGCGGAAAAGACACCCCGUGUCAUCUGCCUGCACGAGCAAGACAACGGUAUCGGCUGGAAGCACACAAACUGGCGUACCGGCCGCGCCGUAUCAACACGCCGCCGAGAGCUGGUAGUACAGUUCAUUAUCACGCUGGCGAAUUAUGAGUACAUCUUCAACUACAAAUUCGACCAAGCCGGCGCCAUCAACGUCGAGACGCGAGCGACGGGCAUCGUGUCGGUGGUCAACAUUGAUGCCGGGAAGACGGCGCCCUGGGGUACUGUGGUGAACCCGGGAGCUCUGGCUCAGAACCACCAGCACAUCUUCUGCGUUCGUAUAGAUCCCGCCAUCGACGGCCAUGAGAACACCGUCGUCCAGAACGAGUCUCUACCUGCGGGGAUGGAUGCGCGCACCAACCCACAUGGCAAUCUGUACGAGGUCCUUGCCAACCCCGGCAGCACGCAGGCGCACCGAUGCCUGUUCGCGCAGCACCACCUCUGGGUCACCAAGUACCGUGACGGCGAACUCUACGCCGCCGGAGAGUACCCUCUAUCCAGCAAGCGGGAGGCAGGCGGCGUCGCCGACAUGGUAGCGCGCAAUGACGAUCUUUUGCAGCAGGAUGUGGUGUUGUGGAGCUGUUUCGGCCUCACACACAAUCCCAGGGUCGAAGACUGGCCUGUUAUGUGA